GAGAGAGAGAGAGAGAGAGAGAGAGAAUGGAGAGGGUGUUGAAGGAGGAGCAGAGAAGAGGAGGGGAGGAGUUGAGCGGAAGAUGGACGGUUGGGGGAGGAGUUGCUGACGUGUACGGUGAGGAUCGCGCCACCGAGGAUCAGCUCGUCACCCCCUGGACCGUCUCCGUAGCUAGCGGUUACAAUUUGCUAAGAGACCCUCGUCACAACAAAGGGCUUGCGUUUACUGAGAAAGAGAGAGAUGUUCAUUACUUGCGUGGUCUUUUACCUCCAACUAUUUUAUCCCAGCAUCUUCAAGAGAAGAAAUUCAUGCACAGUCUUCGUCAGUACAAUCUCCCUCUGCACAAAUACAUGUCCAUGAUGGAACUCGAGGAGAGAAACGAAAGAUUGUUUUACAAGCUUCUGAUCGAUAACGUGGAGGAGUUACUCCCGAUCGUGUACACUCCGACUGUCGGCGAGGCUUGCCAGAAAUAUGGAAGCAUCUUUCGGCAUUCGCAGGGCUUAUAUAUAAGCUUAAACGAAAAAGGAAAAAUUCUCGAGGUUUUGAAGAACUGGCCGGAGAGAACAAUCCAAGUCAUUGUUGUUACCGACGGAGAGAGAAUUUUAGGACUCGGUGAUCUUGGCUGCCAGGGGAUGGGGAUACCGGUGGGGAAAUUGGCCUUAUACACUGCCCUAGGAGGAGUUAGACCUUCUGCAUGUUUGCCGAUAACAAUUGAUGUUGGAACGAAUAAUGAGCAUUUACUAAACGAUGAGUUCUACAUUGGGCUUAAACAAAAACGAGCAACUGGAAAGGAAUAUUACGAUUUCUUACACGAGUUCAUGAGUGCCGUCAAACAAAAUUACGGUGAAAAAGUUCUUGUACAGUUUGAGGAUUUUGCAAACCACAAUGCUUUUGAGCUGCUGUCGAAAUACAGGACCACUCAUUUAGUCUUCAACGAUGAUAUUCAGGGGACAGCAUCUGUGGUGCUUGCUGGGCUCAUUGCUUCUCUUAAGCUGCUCGGUGGUACUUUGGCCGAUCAUAAAUUCUUGUUUUUUGGUGCUGGAGAAGCUGGGACUGGUAUAGCAGAGCUUAUAGCCCUAGAAAUGUCGAAGCAGGCUAAUGUUUCUGUGGACGAGACGCGCAAAAAGAUUUGGCUGGUGGACUCAAAGGGUCUGAUUGUAAAUUCACGUAAGGAAUCUCUUCAACACUUCAAGAAACCGUGGGCGCACGAGCAUGAGCCUGUUAGCAAUCUCUUAGAUGCGGUGAAGGCUAUCAAGCCAACCUCUUUGAUUGGAACUUCUGGCGUCGGAAAAACAUUCACUAAGGAAGUCGUUGAGGCAAUGGCCUCCUUUAAUGAGAAACCUCUUAUUAUGGCUCUCUCGAACCCGACGUCACAAUCCGAGUGCAGUGCCGAAGAAGCUUAUACUUGGACUAAGGGCCGCGCCAUAUUCGCUAGUGGAAGCCCAUUCGACCCCGUGGAAUUCAACGGAAAAACAUUCGUACCUGGCCAGGCAAACAAUUCUUACAUAUUCCCGGGACUUGGUUUCGGAUUGGUCAUCUCCGGUGCCAUACGAGUUCACAACGAUAUGCUUCUGACAGCCGCGGAAGCUCUGGCAAGUCAAUUAACAAGGGAAAAUUACGAAAAGGGGAUGAUUUAUCCACCGUUAUCGAACAUAAGAAAGAUCUCAGCUCAUAUUGCUGCAAACGUAGCUGCCAAAGCUUAUGACCUUGGUGUGGCAACACAACUGCCCAGGCCUGCUGACCUGUUCAAGUACGCCGAAAGUUGCAUGUACAGUCCUAAUUACAGAAGUUACCGUUGAACCUCUUUUUUCGAUUUCGAGCAACAGUAAAUAAAUCAGCGUUUGCACUUAAAAACGGACAAGUAACAAUCGGUGUGUGCUUUUCUGAAUGAAUCGUUUCCUAUAUAUCUAUAUAUCAUGUUCGGGAUAAUAUAUCAUGUACUGUAUAAAACGAAUUCGACUGUUGUAAAAUGCACGGUGGUAAAUAAAUAAACAAC